AUGUUCAGGACUUCCAAGCCCUCGCUCUCUCGUGGGUGCGACGAGGGCUCGGACAUACCCCUCGAAAGCUUAUAUCGAGGGUCCGAAGUGCCAUUUUCCGAGGGAUCGAGCCCUCGGCGAAGACCCAUCGAAAGCAUAUUUCCGAGCACUCAAAGUACCCCUCGAACAACUGGUUGGGUGUCUCCUUCAAAAUCGACGGCAAGUCAAACACCAGUAAAAGGAGCAGCCAAACCUACCAAAUCUAGUCAAAUAACUCCGAAACUUGUGACAAAACUUCAUAAAGGUAAACCAAUCGUCUUUGAUAAAUCACCAACAAGAAUUAUUAGUUAUCAAUCCCCUAUUAAUUCAAUUCGUGAACAAAACCAAUUAAGAGAUAUAACAUUGACAACAUUAUAUGAAAAUGAUGACCUUGAACAGGUCAAUGGUCUUCUAUAUUUUCUACGUAAACUGGGUCAAGGUAAAAGGCGUUCUGAUAACAAGGAAGGCACAAAACAAGUCUUUAAUAAAAAAUGUGAAACCACGAAAGAUGUCUAUGUUAAUUAUGUCUACGAGUAUGAUAUACAGAAUCAGGUAAUGAAUUCUUCACUUAGAGAUCCAAAUAGUGAAACAAUAAAACGAAUAAACACAUUUUUCGCUGAUGCGUUUGCUGAAGAAUGUUAUAAACGAAAUCUAGUUCAAUAUGUCAUCGAUGAUGCCCGUUUGGUUCGUAUUUUGGAUGUGUCAAAAUUAUAUAAGAAUGAACCCACAUUAAGAUUUUAUGCAUCAAUCAAUUGUAGUAAAAACUUGAUACCAUUAAUAUCAAGAAUAUUCGAAGUAGUAUUUGAAAAAUUACAGAAUGAUCUAUUAUCAAAAUCAAAUAAAAAAAUGAGUUGGGGUGAUCUGGAUCUUAUACCAAUAAAGAAGUAA